AUGUCUUCCGACCACCAGGGCCCUUCUGAGGCCAUGAUCCAACUGAUUUCGCCGGAUGGGUAUUAUACCUACUUGGGAAUACCCAAACCAACUGCUGCCGAGAUUGCUGCCGCCGCAGAAAAUGUGUCAUCCUCGUUUGUUUCCUCCAAGAAGAAUGCCAACAAGGUGGGGAACAGUGGAAUUGACGAAGAUCAAGUCAAGAAAGCAUAUCGCAAGCUAAGCCUCAAGCAUCAUCCCGAUAAACCAGGUGGCGAUGCCGACACAUUUCGAGUACUCAAUCGAGCACAAAAGGUCCUCAUGAAUCCCAAAUUACGACAACAAUAUGAUAUUCUUGGAUUGGAUUUGGACGACGACGACGAUGGACGAGCCGGUGGUGAUGCUGAGGAUGAUGAUGAAACGGCUUCGCAAGGAAUUGUCCAUGAAAUUGCCACCAUGGCAAUGGCUGGGCUCAUGCAUUUGGGUGUCCGAACUGGACUGAUGGGUCUAGUGGCCGUAGUAGUGGUUCGCUAUACGAUACUGUUUAUUCCUGCCUUGCUCUUUAUGGGCUAUGUUGGCUUUUCGGUCUUUAGGUCUACCCAACUUCCAGAUGGACAUCCUGAAAAACUCAUGCCCCAAGCAGUGGGGGGCGCCAUUGCCUUGGCUGGUGGUUUGGUGUGUAUGUACUGGGGGCGAUCAUAUGAUGAAGACAACAAUGCACAAUGGUCAUGGCUUUUUUGGUUGGGAGAAUCCACAGUGAUGGGCAUCUUUAUCUUCAAUUCCAUUGGUGCUAGUUUACCCCUUGGCAUGCCAUUGUACGGUGGAAUUGCAGUGUUUUCCAUUCUCGUGUCCUUGUGGAUUCGUGGUCGAUUCUGGACCUAUGUUUCUAUUUUGAUAUUUGAAGCAUUACUGCUACUGUUUGUGGUCAUGGCCUUUCCUGUCAUGGAGAUGGUGUUGGAGACUAUCUUGAAUGAGAAAUUGCGCAAAGUGGGGGACAAAGUUCGGGUACAUCAACGACAAUUGGAAGCCUACUAUGCCAACAAAAUGAUGAUGAAUGAAAAGGGUAGCUACCGGUAA